AUGGAUCGGUUCGUGGCUCUCGUUGGUGCCAUUUUGCUUUUGGUGACGACGGAGCAGGUGAUGGGACAUCCCGGAAAUGAUUCCUUAGGCUGUCACAACGGUACGAAGGCUACCGUGGAUGAGUGUUGCGAUAUACCGAUACUAGCCGAUAAGCCGAUUAUGGAAAAAUGCAAAUCGGAACAUCCCUUCAAAAUGCCCAAAAAAGGUUCUGGCGAACAGGGACACAAUCCUGGAGCGUGUAUCGCUGACUGUAUUAUGAAGGGGAUGGGCGCUUUAAAGGAUAGAAAAAUUGAAGCGGCAUCGUUCAUGAAAGCCGUUGCACCGGUCGUCAAGGCGAAUCCUGCCUUUGCCAAAUUGAUUGAGGGCGCAGUUCAGACGUGCGCAGACCGUGCCAACAUGGACUCGGGUUUCACUUUGGUAAAGGAUAAGAAUGAAUGCAAUCCGGAUGCAAAACAUUUCAUCAACUGCGUGUAUGGAACAUUGUUUGAGAAAUGCCCAACGAAUCUGUGGACAAAGAAGGACGAAUGUACCCUGCUGAAGGACAAGAUCAAGAAGGGCUGUCCGUACUUUGCCCUGCGCAAACGACACGGCCGCCGAAUGCGACCAACCUAA